GUUUCUUUCAUCUCUCCCCUCUUUCAAUUAUCUCCCCCCUGUUUCACUCAUGUCUCCCCUGUUUGUAUAACCUCUCCUCUGUUUCUUUCAUCUCUCCCCUCUUUCUCUCAGCUCCCCCGUGUUUCACUCAUGUCUCCCCUGUUUGUAUAUCCUCUCCUCUGUUUCUUUCAUCUCUCCCAUCGUUCUCUCAUCUCCCCCCUGUUUCACUCAUGUCUCCCCUGCUUGUAUAACCUCUCCUCUGUUUCUUUCAUCUCUCCCCUCUUUCUCUCAUCUCCCCCCUGCUUCACUCAUGUCUCCCCUGCUUGUAUAACCUCUCCUCUGUUUCUUUCAUCUCUCCCCUCUUUCAAUUAUCUCCCCCCUGUUUCACUCAUGUCUCCCCUGUUUGUAUAACCUCUCCUCUGUUUCUUUCAUCUCUCCCGUCUUUCUCUCAUCUCCCCCCUGUUUCACUCAUGUCUCCCCUGCUUGUAUAACCUCUCCUCUGUUUCUUUCAUCUCUCCCCUCUUUCUCUCAUCUCCCCCCUGUUUCACUCAUGUCUCCCCUGUUUGUAAAACCUCUCCUCUGUUUCUUUCAUCUCUCCCCUCUUUCUCUAAUCUCCCCCCUGUUUCACUCAUGACUCCCCUUUUUGUAUAACGUCUCCUCUGUUUCUUUCAUCUCUCCCCUCUUUCUCUCAUCUCCCCCCUGUUUCACUCAUGUGUCCCCUGCUUGUAUAACCUCUCCUCUGUUUCUUGCAUCUCUCCCCUAUUUCUCUCAGCUCCCCCCUGUUUCACUUAUCUCUCCCCUGAUCCUCUUAUCCUCUCCUCUGGUUCAUUCCUCUCUCCCCUGUUUCUUUAAUCUCCCCCCUGUGUCAAUCAUGUCUCCCCUGUUUGUAUAACCUCUCCUCUGUUUCUUUCAUCUCUCCCGUCUUUCUCUCAUCUCCCCCCUGUUUCACUCAUGUCUCCCCUGCUUGUAUAACCUCUCCUCUGUUUCUUUCAUCUCUCCCCUCUUUCUCUCAUCUCCCCCCUGUUUCACUCAUGUCUCCCCUGUUUGUAAAACCUCUCCUCUGUUUCUUUCAUCUCUCCCCUCUUUCUCUAAUCUCCCCCCUGUUUCACUCAUGACUCCCCUUUUUGUAUAACGUCUCCUCUGUUUCUUUCAUCUCUCCCCUCUUUCUCUCAUCUCCCCCCUGUUUCACUCAUGUGUCCCCUGCUUGUAUAACCUCUCCUCUGUUUCUUGCAUCUCUCCCCUAUUUCUCUCAGCUCCCCCCUGUUUCACUUAUCUCUCCCCUGAUCCUCUUAUCCUCUCCUCUGGUUCAUUCCUCUCUCCCCUGUUUCUUUAAUCUCCCCCCUGUUUCAAUCAUGUCUCCCCUGUUUCCCCCCCCUGUUUCACUCAGCUCUCCCCUGUUUCUCUUAUCAUCUCCUCUGGUUCAUUCCUCUCUCCCCUGUUUCUCUAAUCUCCCCCCUGUUUCACUCAUGUCUCCCCUGUUUGUAUAACUUCUCCUCUGUUUCUUUCAUCUCUCCCCUCUUUCUCUCAUCUCCCCCCUGUUUCACUCAUGUCUCCCCUGUUUGUAUAACUUCUCCUCUGUUUCUUUCAUCUCUCCCCUCUUUCUCUCAUCUCCCCCCUGUUUCACUCAUGUCUCCCCUGUUUGUAUAACUUCUCCUCUGUUUCUUUCAUCUCUCCCCUCUUUCUCUCAUCUCCCCCCUGUUUCACUCAUGUCUCCCCUGCUUGUAUAACCUUUCCUCUGUUUCUUUCAUCUCUCCCCUCUUUCUCUAAUAUCCCCCCUGUUUCACUCAUGUCUCCCCUGUUUGUAUAACCUCUCCUCUGUUUCUUUCAUCUCUCCCCUCUUUCUCUUAUCUCCCCCCUGUUUCACUCAUGUCUCCCCUGCUUGUAUAACCUUUCCUCUGUUUCUUUCAUCUCUCCCCUCUUUCUCUCAUCUCCCCCCUGUUUCACUCAUGUGUCCCCUGCUUGUAUAACCUCUCCUCUGUUUCUUUCAUCUCUCCCCCCUUUCUCUCAGCUCCCCCCUUUUUCACUCAUCUCUCCCCUGUUUCUCUUAUCCUCUCCUCUGGUUCAUUCCUCUCUCCCCUGUUUCUCUAAUCUCCCCGCUGUUUCACUCAUCUCUCCCCUAUGUGUAUAACCUCUCCUCUGUUUCUUUCAUCUCUCCCCUCUUUCUCUUAUCUCCCCCCUGUUUCACUCAUGACUCCCCUUUUUGUAUAACGUCUCCUCUGUUUCUUUCAUCUCUCCCCUCUUUCUCUCAUCUCCCCCCUGUUUCACUCAUGUGUCCCCUGCUUGUAUAACCUCUCCUCUGUUUCUUGCAUCUCUCCCCUAUUUCUCUCAGCUCCCCCCUGUUUCACUUAUCUCUCCCCUGAUCCUCUUAUCCUCUCCUCUGGUUCAUUCCUCUCUCCCCUGUUUCUUUAAUCUCCCCCCUGUUUCAAUCAUGUCUCCCCUGUUUGUAUAACCUCUCCUCUGUUUCUUUCAUCUCUCCCCUCUUUCUCUCAUCUCCCCCCUGUUUCACUCAUGUCUCCCCUGCUUGUAUAACCUUUCCUCUGUUUCUUUCAUCUCUCCCCUCUUUCUCUCAUCUCCCCCCUGUUUCACUCAUGUGUCCCCUGCUUGUAUAACCUCUCCUCUGUUUCUUGCAUCUCUCCCCUAUUUCUCUCAGCUCCCCCCUGUUUCACUUAUCUCUCCCCUGAUCCUCUUAUCCUCUCCUCUGGUUCAUUCCUCUCUCCCCUGUUUCUUUAAUCUCCCCCCUGUUUCAAUCAUGUCUCCCCUGUUUGUAUAACCUCUCCUCUGUUUCUUUCAUCUCUCCCCUCUUUCUCUCAGCCCCCCCCUGUUUCACUCAGCUCUCCCCUGUUUCUCUUAUCAUCUCCUCUGGUUCAUUCCUCUCUCCCCUGUUUCUCUAAUCUCCCCCCUGUUUCACUCAUGUCUCCCCUGUUUGUAUAACUUCUCCUCUGUUUCUUUCAUCUCUCCCCUCUUUCUCUCAUCUCCCCCCUGUUUCACUCAUGUCUCCCCUGUUUGUAUAACUUCUCCUCUGUUUCUUUCAUCUCUCCCCUCUUUCUCUCAUCUCCCCCCUGUUUCACUCAUGUCUCCCCUGCUUGUAUAACCUUUCCUCUGUUUCUUUCAUCUCUCCCCUCUUUCUCUAAUAUCCCCCCUGUUUCACUCAUGUCUCCCCUGUUUGUAUAACCUCUCCUCUGUUUCUUUCAUCUCUCCCCUCUUUCUCUUAUCUCCCCCCUGUUUCACUCAUGUCUCCCCUGCUUGUAUAACCUUUCCUCUGUUUCUUUCAUCUCUCCCCUCUUUCUCUCAUCUCCCCCCUGUUUCACUCAUGUGUCCCCUGCUUGUAUAACCUCUCCUCUGUUUCUUUCAUCUCUCCCCCCUUUCUCUCAGCUCCCCCCUUUUUCACUCAUCUCUCCCCUGUUUCUCUUAUCCUCUCCUCUGGUUCAUUCCUCUCUCCCCUGUUUCUCUAAUCUCCCCGCUGUUUCACUCAUCUCUCCCCUAUGUGUAUAACCUCUCCUCUGUUUCUUUCAUCUCUCCCCUCUUUCUCUUAUCUCCCCCCUGUUUCACUCAUGACUCCCCUUUUUGUAUAACGUCUCCUCUGUUUCUUUCAUCUCUCCCCUCUUUCUCUCAUCUCCCCCCUGUUUCACUCAUGUGUCCCCUGCUUGUAUAACCUCUCCUCUGUUUCUUGCAUCUCUCCCCUAUUUCUCUCAGCUCCCCCCUGUUUCACUUAUCUCUCCCCUGAUCCUCUUAUCCUCUCCUCUGGUUCAUUCCUCUCUCCCCUGUUUCUUUAAUCUCCCCCCUGUUUCACUCAUGUCUCCCCUGUUUGUAUAACCUCUCCUCUGUUUCUUUCAUCUCUCCCCUCUUUCUCUUAUCUCCCCCCUGUUUCACUCAUGUCUCCCCUGCUUGUAUAACCUUUCCUCUGUUUCUUUCAUCUCUCCCCUCUUUCUCUCAUAUCCCCCCUGUUUCACUCAUGUCUCCCCUGUUUGUAUAACUUCUCCUCUGUUUCUUUCAUCUCUCCCCUCUUUCUCUCAUCUCCCCCCUGUUUCACUCAUGUCUCCCCUGCUUGUAUAACCUUUCCUCUGUUUCUUUCAUCUCUCCCCUCUUUCUCUAAUAUCCCCCCUGUUUCACUCAAGUCUCCCCUGUUUGUAUAACCUCUCCUCUGUUUCUUUCAUCUCUCCCCUCUUUCUCUCGUCUCCCCCCUGUUUCACUCAUGUCUCCCCUGCUUGUAUAACCUUUCCUCUGUUUCUUUCAUCUCUCCCCUCUUUCUCUCAUCCCCCCCCUGUUUCACUCAUGUCUCCCCUGCUUGUAUAACCUCUCCUCUGUUUCUUUCAUCUCUCCCCUCUUGCUCUCAUCCCCCCUAUUUCUGAGAACAAAUCUUGUCCGUAUAGAUAAGCCGCCCAGUGUCGCCCAUCUGGCAGCAAAUCACCCUUUCGUUUUCUUUCGCUGACUGUGUGCCCGAUAAUACUCACCUAAACAACGUCAAGUUGUGUCAUUUGGCGAAUGUCGCUCAGCCCAUGUGGGUUCCCUCGGCGACGUGCCAGUAGCAUUGGUGGUUCUGCUAGAGUUAAGGUAUGUUACCCCUCAAUCAUUACCGCCACGUGCCGAUUUCCCCGCUAAUGUCGAUUUUACCC